CCAACAUGGUAGAAGCCCGCUUACUCACGAUGAGGGCCCGUCAGAACGUGCUUGUAGCCCGUAGGAAUUCGAUUCAACGGCUCUAGGCAGGUCUGUUUUCAUCGAAGCGUCUGACGCUGAUGUUCAAACUACUGAGUCUCCGUCAAGCCACUUGCCUUGUGCCGUGGUUUGAUUGACACACAAAAGCCCCUGCGUCUAUUGCUUGACUCGGACAGCUGAUUGCCCUUAAUUCAACAGGGAUCCCUGCCUCAAAACGUGUAAGCCACAUCAUCUGUUGAUACAAUAUCGUGUUUACUCCAGUCAACCAGGUCCAGAGGCAUCUAGGCGAUAACGCACUGGAGCUUGAUUCAUAACUUACCUUCUCCCAUAAUCGACAUUCUUGUACGUGGUUUCUAGCCUGAUCGUGUCAAUCUGCCAGUGGAUCUACGUCGAUCGAGCCAAACAUGAAUUAUCAACAGCCUUGCGCAACGAGUGCCUGUCACCAAGCCGAAUAUGCACCCCAAGGACACGGGUAUCCGCAUACACAGCCUGUAUGGUCGGCUGUCCCACAGUAUCAGUAUGGCUACGAGCAACACACAAUGGCUCCGCCAGUAGCCCAUGCCUUCGUCCAAGCCUCGGCCAUGAGCCCGAACCACACAUCGUCAGCCGAACCAGUAGUUGGCGGACAAAAUGGAUAUACGACAGUACCGCCUGGACAACAUUUGCUGUAUCGUGAUGGCGUAGAGGUCGAUUAUGGGCAACCCACCACUCCAAUGGUGGAGUUCAACGUUGACGAACUUCUGGAAUACCAGCGCCGACGCAGCAGUGCCACGUCUGAAGAGAAGGAACCCCUGACACCAGCACAACGUAGACGUAAGGCACAGAACAGAGCCGCUCAACGUGCGUUCCGUGACCGCAAACGACAGCGAGUGCAAGACCUAGAAGUUCAACUAACAGCCCUGGAGAUUCGAACAAGCUCUCUAGAAUCGGAUAACGAGAAGCUGAAACACGAGCUCCUCAGGACACGAGAGGAGAAUGAACUUUUACGAACCAUCACUCGACCGCAGCUGCCGGGCAACACAUUGCAGCCCGAUCAACGGAGACCAGUAACGAGACCGGACAGAAUUGAUAAACACCUACCAGCUGAACGACGUUGACACUACGGCCUUGAUGCAUUUUUCACGCCAGAAUGUCUUUCUCGACGCUCACCAACUUCUGUAAAUAGCCUAAGAGCGACCUGUAC